AUGCUACGGUCUCAGGCCUUCAUAUGUAGCUUCUGCUAUCUGUGGCAGGGCUCCUUGCCCACCAGCUUGCCGACCAGCUGGGCUGGCGCUCCAAACUUGAUUCGAAAGGAGGUGCUCGUCUUGGAGUCUGGGAAUCAUGCACAGACAAUCCAGGCGGCCGUGGAUGAAGAUGGCGAUGCCGUGCAAGUGUCUCAGGGCAGUUGUCCUACGGGCACAGAGUUGCUAGUCGAUUUCGCCGAGUGCCGAAAUGCCGCACGAGGCUUGAACCUGCCGUUUCGCUUCGACGGAGCGGAACUGUCAGGCUGCCGUUUGCAAAGGAGUUGCUACUCCUCUUUGCGCAGCCGGAUGUUUGCAAUCAAUGGGCACUUGCUUGCGCUGGACCUGCAUGUGUCGAUUGCAACGGCCAAGGAGCUGGAACGUCGUUGCCAGUGUCUCAGUGACGAUCUCACCGUGGCCCUGCCUGAAGGAGACGCGUCGAGGCCUGGGGAUCUGGCUCUGCUGGAAGAUGUGAGGCACUCCUUCCGCAAGUGCGAUGGCUACCGGAUCUUUAGUGAUCGCAGACCAAUUGGAAGAGAGGAUGACAUGGACAUUGUCGUUGUGAGCGUUACGCAGCAGCCGACCAGCCGGGAGGAUGAUCAUUGGCUGUACCACAGGAACAUGGUUGGCCUUAUGCCAGCAUGGAAGCACAUGUUAGAGUCGGAUGUUCACAGCCAGUAUGACUGGUUUUUGAACGUGGAGUUUGACCACUUGCUCGUCCCAUCACUUCUUCGGAAAACAAUCGCGGAAUACAUGAACAUCUUACGAACUGGGAGGAAGGAGCAGCAACGAAGUGCGCAUGGGCCUCUGCUGCUGAUGUUCGGAAAUGCGUUUGCCUUCAACCGCGAGCUCGUCACAGAGAUGGGUGGCCAGUGGACGGUGGUGGGUCAGACAGCGCCGGCUGGCCACGCCGCGGCUGGCUGUCCAACCUUCAUGGAAGGUCGCUUCGAGUGGCCGGACUCUUGUUCCCAGGAUAUCGUCUACCCCAACAUGGUCUCCGUGCUAGCACCACCAGUGCCGGCAUAUGGCGCAUCUGGCUGCGGGCAGAAGCCGAACGACUUCCCGUUGGCUUGCUUCGAGUACAGCCGUCAGCCUGUCUUGGACACAGGCUUGGACCAGAUUGGCCUCGUCCAGGAGGUGAUUGCGGUGCGCAGUCUGGCAAGCGAGGCAGAGGCUGAAACACACUAUAUGGGUGGGCGCCUCGCACCUCACGCCAAGCUAUUAUACACGGCGAAGGAGGUCCCGCUUUUCCACCACUUGGGAGACCCGGCAGCUCGGCGCCUUGCCCGUGAGAUCCUGGAUCCCUAG